AUGGCCAGCCCUGGCACAAAGGCGUCGUGGCUGUCGCAGCCGAGCGUGAAGAGCGUGCUGGUGUAUCGCAACGGGGACCCUUUCUUCCCGGGGCGCCGCAUUGUCAUCCACGAGAAAAAAGUGUCCAACUUCGAUGUGUUCCUGAAAGAGGUGACGGGCGGGGUGCAGGCGCCCUUUGGAGCGGUGCGGAACAUCUAUACCCCCCGGGGUGGGCAUCGUGUCCGGCAGCUGGACGAGCUCCAGAGCGGGGAGCAGUACGUGGCUGGUGGCAGGGAGGCCUUCAAGAAGCUCAACUAUUUGGACAUUGGAGAAAUAAAGAAAAAACCCGCUGAAGUCAAUAAUGAGUCAACACUGGAAGAUGUCAAGCCAGUUACUCACAGUAGGAUCACUGUGUCAGCACGGUUUCGAAAGCCUCUCCAGGAGCCCUGCACUAUUUUCCUAAUUGCUAAUGGAGACCUUAUUAGCCCUGCAGUGCGCCUCCUCAUUCCCAGGAAAACACUGAAUCACUGGGACCAUAUUCUAGAAAUGGCAACAGGAAAAGUUACUCUCAGAAGUGGAGCUGUUCACAGACUCUACACUGUAGAUGGAAAACUUGUUCAGAAUGGGUCAGACUUGGAGAAUGGGCAAAUUUAUGUUGCAGUGGGUAGAGAAAAGUUUAAGAAACUGCCAUAUGGUGAUCUGCUGUCCAAAGCUACAAUGAGAAAGCCACAGGGUUCCAAAACCUCUGUACUACCUCCAGUUGUGGGAUCUCGAAAGUCUAAAGGCAGCGGAAAUGGUGGGCAGUCUAAGUCUACAAUUGGAUCUGGUGACCAGGGAGAAAACAGUUCCUCGCCUCAGCUUCCCAAAAGGAAAGACAAGAAAAGCCAGAAUCCAGAGAAUUCUGUGUCCAGACGACACUUUUCUAACCAUUCUACAAAAGUAAAACAGACAGUAAAAGUUUCCCCAGGAAUCUUUCAGGAUAAUGGUGAAGAUAUUUACAAAGCCAGAGAAGAGGGGUCUGAAAUGUGGGGGGCAGUUGAAGUGCAAGAAGAUGAAGAUACUCUUGUGGAAGUUCCACUGGACCAGAGACCAGCAGAAACUGUAGAUGAAGAAGAAAAUGUAGAAGAGGAAGAUGACAGGGGAGAGGAGGCAUAUAAAGGAGAAUAUCCAGAAGUGAAUGGAGAGGAAAGUGGGGAAACUGUUAAAGAAAAAAUUGAAGUGGAAAAAAAUGAAAAUAAAUUAAAUGAAAAUUAUGAAGAUGAAGCAGGAGAAACAGAGAAUGUUGACCAAGCAGAGAAAAAGGAACUUAUCCAUUUAAAUGGCAAAAACAAUGAAGGAAAUGUUGAGGGAAUGGAGCAUUUGAACUACCAAGGUGAUCUUCAGCCUGAAGAAGAAAUAAAAGAGGAUUCUGGUAGUCAGAACCAGGUUGAUCCUGGUCUUGAAAAAGCAUCCACAAGUCCAAGGGUGACAAUCACCAGCCCACAAGAAAGUGAAAAGAACGACCAGAGCAAUGACUGUGCAGCAGUUGCAUAA